GGUGAAUGUAAAUGAAGGUGGGCGCACCCAUUCAUCGUGCGUUCUUCCGUGCAUUAUGACUUCCAGUCGGAUAUGAAUCUAAGUGAAUUUAGUGUGUGUGAUAUAUUGAUUCAUAGUUGUCUACAUUGUCUCUAUUUUCAUAAUUUCCCCUCUUUCAACAAACUUUUGGUUUAAACUUACACGAUGGACGCCAUAAUUGCGAAGUUCUUCUCCUCGGAAGAAGAUGAGUUGUACGUAUUGGACUGCUUGGCCUACUUCAUGAUUUUUAUGGCAGUUUGCACAUUCCUGACUUUACUUUUUGAGAAUGUCCCAUAUGGCCGAUAUGCUUCAAGCAAAUAUGGAUUCCCAGUGAACGUGAAAUUCGCUUGGUUUGUGCAAGAGCUUCCAGCGUUUGUUGUGCCAGUAUGCCUACUGACGUUGACAUCCUCUGCAAGAACCUCUCUGCGGCCAAAUCAGUUAUUACUAGCUAUGUACUUCUGUCACUAUGUGCAAAGGUCUCUUAUCUAUCCAUUUUUAAUUAGAGGGGGGAAAUCGACACCGUUUCUGUCUUUUAUUCUGGCGUUUGUCUUCUGUGUCUACAAUGGAUACAUGCAGGUGCGAUACCUGAGUCAUUAUGCCCACUACACCGCAGACUGGAUUAUACACCCCUGUUUCAUCCUAGGAUCUGCUUUGUGGUUGGUGGGUUGGCUAGUAAACAUCCACUCAGAUCACAUCUUGAGAAACCUACGGAAGCCUGGAGAGACCGGCUACCAGAUACCCAGAGGUGGCCUGUUUGAGUAUGUGUCUGGAGCCAACUUCUUUGGGGAGAUAACAGAGUGGGCUGGGUUUGCUCUGGCUGCUCAGUCUAUCCACAGCACCUCCUUCGCCGUCUUCACCCUCAUAGUCCUCUCUAGCAGGGCUGUGGCACACCACAGGUGGUACCUAACUAAAUUUGAAGACUAUCCGAAAUCCAGGAAGGCUCUGAUACCAUUUGUGUUUUAAAGUACCCCCGACAGGUGUCUAAAAACAGUUACUGUUUAUAAUGAUGUUCUCCUCGACUGACUGAAUGAACAUAUAAUACAUAGUUGAAAUACUUUUUGAAGGAAGAAAUGCAAAAAGUACUUGAACACCAUUUCUCAAGGCUUUUUUUGAUAGGAACUUGGAUGCUAGAUCACUAGAUAAUAGUUUUUUUUGUAUGAUGAAUCAUCAUUUGAAGAUUUUGCACAAGGAAUAUAUCAUCCCCAUCUGGACCUUGAGUGGAAUAUACCUACCUGACAACACACUGUGACAGUUUACAUUUUGUCUGUGUUACUACUUUCUCUGUGGACCAAGCAACCAGUCUUUGCCUUUCUUAAUAAGGAAUCGAUAUCAGGUGAAAAAUGAAGUCCACUUAAAAGUAAUGAACUGAAUUCACAUGAAAGUACUGUGCUAGCUGUAGGCGCUUCCUGAGUUUUAGGACCAGCACCGCUCUGAAUGAUCUGGUUCUGAACAAGAGUCGGACAGAUAAAAGCAAUUUAUAUCAAUCAAUGCUCAUCGAAACCAAGGGGGGGCAGCAGACCCAUCUUCAGGGGGCUGUCCUUCUUGUGUUUUAUGUGUGCUUACAGAGUGUAACACUCAGUGGAGAGCUCUCUCUCUCUCUUUGACACUACAUGACUUAUACCACUCAUUCUCCGCAUCUCAUUUGAAACCUACUCAGUCGCAGGGAAACUGGGAGAAGGGGACUAUUGAGGCCUACGUCUUCUUCACCUGGACACUGAGCAGCAGAGCGGCAGAUCGAACCAGGAUCAAACAUGGUGCUCCAAAGCUCUCCCCGUGCCUGAAACGAGACGUUUGUAUUGUCGCCUAAGCUCUCAAACGCAGACAUGGUCAGUCCCAUGUGAUCACCUAAGACCGGACGACAGCAAUGUCAAAGAUGGAGAGGGAACAGGAUGAGGAGACAUUGGAACGAGGGUCUGAAACAUAUGAGGGAGAGUGAAAUAAAUGGGCAGCACAGUGAACGCCAUGUAAUGCUGUCUGUCAUAAAAUCAUAGAAAAUUAUUUAAAAAUUAUAUAAUGAUUUUAAAAAUUAUUAAAUUAUCAUGAUCAAUCGUGACACAUCUCUGCCAGAACAACCCCCAUGAACCAAAAAGAAAAUGCUCAGUGAACAGCAAGGAACUAAAUACAUAAAUGUGUUUAGUUGUUGUUUUGGCACACUGCCAUUCAAAACUGCAUUCAAUUGUG